GAUUUAUUUUUAUCAAAAAAUAGAAAAUUUCAUUUUGAUGUGAUGUUGAAAAAAAAAUUCAAAAUUAAAUAUCAAUCUCUACCAUUUUGGAAUAAUUUUUGUUUCAAAAUAGACAUUCAUGACCAAGGUCAAUUAUAGGCAGUCUGCAGAAAGAAAAAUACAUAUCCCAUGGUCACGUAUCCAUCAUCAAUUUGAUAUAAAAGUCUUGAAUUGGCGUCAACCAAAACAGACUUCAAGCUCACUCCUCUUGGAAACAAUCAAAUCCAACUCAAACCCAAAAUUAUCAUGUUCAAAUACACCGUUGUCAUUAUGGCUCUUAUUGCCUGCGCUGCUGCCAAGCCAGGAUUAGUUGCUCCACUCGCAUACUCUGCACCUUUAGUUGCUGCUGCUGCUCCCGGAGUUGUUACUGCCACCAGUAGUCAAGUGAUCGCAAGAAAUUACAAUGGAAUCGCUACUGCACCAAUUUAUGCUGCUGCUGCACCAGUUGUUGCUGCUCCUGUUGCCAAAUAUGUCGCAGCGCCUCUUGCUGCUCCAAUUGCUGCUCCAUUGGCCGCUAACUACAUAGCUUCUCCAUAUGCAGCUCCAUUCGCAUACUCGGCUCCAUUGGCUGCCCCAUUUAGAUAUGCGUCAGCUCCUCUUGUGUUUUGAAAUGAUAACGGACAAAAUAAAUGAACUUGAUUGAAA